UCCCCAAGAAAGGAGGAGUUUGGGGUUUCCCCAUCUCUGCUUACUCCUUCUUGAGUACUUUUGUGAUUAGAAGCUGUCCUCUCUGACCAAAUAUCGCUUUUGCUUUCCAGAGGAACAAGCUGCACUCUUGGGGAAACAAGAUGGAGAACUGAGUGAGUCUCUGUGAGCUCCCCUGGCUCAGUGUUGUAUCCCGGGUGCUCUGGGCUCGGCCCCUUUCCCUCCUGCCCCUCCCCUCCAUCCCUGCAGCCCCUGGGUCUGCUGGGCAAACCCUGAGGGGAGGUGCCUGGGAGGAUGGACAACUCAGGGACACCAGAGCAGAGAUGGUCCCUCUUCCCUCACCAGAGUUUCUGGGGAGAGUUUGUGGGACUUGCCCAGGUUGGAGGGAGCCAUUCAAAGGGUUUGGGGGGCUGUUCUCCCACUCUUAAAAGGAGGAGUUUUGCCUCUGCCCACUGUUGUAGUUGCAGGUGUGUGUUGAGAAGAUCUCCUCUCUCAUCACUCAUUGCUUCAAUUUUUCCUUUCCAGAGCAACGAAAUGCAGAACUGGAGAAACAAGCUGCACUGCUGACUUGGAGAAAGUUUCUGCUUCCUGAGAAUCCAGAUAUGGUGACCCUGGAUCCAAACACGGCUCAUCCAGAGCUUGUCCUGUCGAAGGAUUUGAGAAGUGUGAAGCAUGGACCCGCACGCGAGAACCUGCCCGACACCCCCGAGAGAUUUAGUUCUUGGCGCUGUGUGCUGGGCCAGGAGAGGUUCCUGGAGGGGAGGCACUGCUGGGAGGUGGAGGUGAAGGAGGAAGUGGGAGGUGAUUCAUGGUGGGGUGUUGGGGUGGCCAGUGAGUCUGUGCAGAGGAAGAGGGGAUUGGAUCUGAGGCCUAAAGAAGGGAUCUGGGCAGUUGACAGGUAUGCAGGGCAGUUCAGGGCUCUCACCUCUCCUCGCACCAUCCUGUCCCUGUCCCCAGUCCCCAGGAGGAUCUGUGUCUGUCUGGACUGCACACAGGGGCUGGUGACUUUCCUCAACGCUGACACUGCGGGCGAGAUCUUCACUUUCACAUCAGCCAUGUUUAAUGGGAAGGCCCUGUGCCCCUGGUUUUUGCUGGAGACAGAGGAAACCCAGCUGUGCCUUGGGGGCUAA